UUAAAUACCAAUUUAUAGACCUUAUCGCUGGCAAAAGACGUCCAGUCACAAUGAACUACCAACUUUAAACGCUUUAAAACUUUAUUGCAAUUGCUGUGGACUCAGUAUUGUGUGAACACAAUUUUUGACCAAGGACAUGUCUAAAGUGAAUUUAUGCAAAUGAGACGCACUAUAAUAAAAACCUCAAAGAAAUAGAAGAAAUAUCAAAGAAGUGUUAACUGAACCGGCUGACUGAUAGCCCUAUAGUCUCCAAUAGACAAAGAAAUGGAUCCUCCACUUAAGAAAUUGAAAACACAAGAACCAAUAAUCAAAACCAUAGACACGUACAUAAACAAGAUGAGAGAAUCCAAGGAAAAUCUCCACGCUGUCUUAGGGGAUGAUUUCACUAAACCAAUACCGCUGAUAAAAGUUUAUGCAGGUCAUGUAAAGAAUCCCAAAGACUUGUCUCGUAUUAUUUUGACAUUAAACGAAAAAGUGCCUCUUAAGGAAUUGAGUCAUUUGAAAAGGGUACGGAAAAGAGAGGUCAUAUUAUGCCCCAUAGACUGUCUGAAUGGUGUAUCUAUACAACAAUAUUUAGAAGUGAACGUACAAAAUUUGUAUGAUGUGUUUGAAUAUUUUAGAGAAAUUGAAGUGCCAAUGUACGCUCCUAAAGUGAAAAAACAGUGUAACAUGCUCGCUUGGUCUUAUAACUUUCACCCUAAUAUGUAUUAUGAGAAAUUAGUUAGUGAUGAUUUUUUCUCCGUAAACGAAAUGAAUAUACACAAAAAAUACAUGGAAAUAGCAUUUGUUUGUGCAAAAUGGUAUAUCCAGGAACAUAACCGUUACAUUACUGAUCUUUUAGACAUGAAUAUCACUCUGGUUAUAGAUCCCUUGGUAAAAUCUAACAGUGUGGUAGCAAUAUCGUGUAAUAAUGAAAAUCAUCCCAUACAACAUUCCGCUAUGGUAGCUAUUGACAAUGUUGCUAAAACACAGAAAGGAGGUGUAUGGAAUGUAUCAGACAAUACAGUAUAUAAUUUGAAAGGGAUUGAUGAAAAACUACAUCAACAUUUAACAGAAAUUUACCCGGAAGAGAAUUUUGGUGCAAGAAACUAUAUGAGCAAGGACGAAGCAAGUGAUUGUGACAGUUCAGAUGGACCGUAUUUAUGUACUGGUUAUUACAUAUAUAUGAUAAAAGAGCCAUGUGUUAUGUGUAGUAUGGCUUUAGUUCAUGCGAGGGCAAAACGGAUUUUUUAUACGUUUCCUAAUGAGCUCUGUGGUGCGUUGUGUUCUAAGGUUAAAUUGCAGAGUGUACCGUCUUUGAAUCAUCGUUUUGAAGUGUUUACGGGGUUUUUAUAAUAUUUUAUAUACGAAUUAGUAGCGUAAGAGAUGUUCCAAGUACUCCUGCA